GCAACGAAUGCAUUGCAGUAAAUUCAUCUAUUUCAACUACAUAUAGGUACAUUUCAAGUUCGUUUUGAUUGUCUGGUUAUAUCUACUACUCUUGCCACGAGUCGAUUUGACCGAAGCUGAGCAAACCACUCCAACCUCGUCUCUGAGCCUAAUAAUCGAACAUAUGAAUCAAAACCUCUCUUAUUAGCAUUAAUUUUUCUUAAAAAAAUGGCCGCCCUCCCAACUCUCCGCCGACAAGCAGCAUCGCUACUCCGUCCACUUACCUCAUCUACAACGGCGCCAGCAGGCAAAGCAAUCCCCCCACCUCUGACAUCCGCAUUUUCAACCUCGGCGGCACAGAAUGCGCUCAAAGAAGGGGAUACGAACAGAGAUAAUGUCAACGAAGAGUACGAACGGCUGAAAGAGCAGAGUCUGAGUGAGGCGAAACAGGGCAAGAGGUACUGGAAACAGGAGCUGGCGAGUGAGAGUGAGGCCGGCGUUAAGGCGGAUCGGGGGGAGACUGGGGCGAGUCAAGAUGAUGGGUGGAUGAGAUCGGACAGCUAGCUUGAUAUUUGAAGGAGUGCUUGGUUGUGAUACGGUAAUAACAUCAAUUGAUCAUUCCAUUCCCAACGCCAGGCAUAUUCGUCAAU